AUGUGCGACACUGGCGCGUGGCCUGUUGCGGAGUGCGAGGACGUCCUUCGCCACUUAUCUUUCCUACCGGCCACAGACCACGUGUGGCGACACGCCGCACCCCGUCUCGCCUCGUCCAAUCAAUGGAUCAACUCAGAUGUCCUCGACCUCGUCGCAAUUAUGCUCAACUCCGAGAUUCGUGAAACGCCUCUUCGAGGUGUCGCGUUCGUCCUUUCCCCCGGCGUUUCGGGCUACUCGGCGAAGAAGCUCGCGGAGAGGUUCUCGCGUUGGAUUGUUCGCCGCGUCUUCCAAAAGGAUGCGACGCUGUACAUACCUUGGCACUUAGACUCCCAUUGGAUCACCGUCGUCUUUGACAUCGCUCUUGGCAUCAUCAGCACCACCUUGCUUCCAAGCGCAAAGCGCAAGAUGGGGAAGGUUUCGGCAGCCAUCGACAGGGCGACUGGCAGGCCGGUCCGCAUGUGGAAGUUCGACAGCAAGUCAAUCGCUGCGAAGAGCAGAAAGACGACCAUUCUUGCGGCGUCGCUGCGGCUUUUACCAUUGCGCAUCAGAUAUUCCCAGACCGCACUCUUGGCCGUGCGCCUCAGCGGACCCUCAACAUCGACGCUCGACCGCCCGCCGUCUGCAAAGCUCUGGAGGCCCACGCCUGCGAGCCUAGAUCAUCCGUUCACGCCAUUCAGCAGGUCUGUCCCGGCGAAGCUCGAACGGCCACCGCCACCAUUCAGCAGCCUCUCAUCGGCAACGCCCGACCGCCCAACGGCCUCGCUGGAAAGGCUUACGCCUGUGAAAGUUGAAAGACCGCCACCGCCGUUUGGUGCAGCCGCGGCUGUAGCACUCGACCGCACGCCCACGCCGUUCGGGAGGCCGCGCCGGUGCGGCUCCAGCGACCGCCACCGCCGUUGGAUGCAUACGCCUGCAUCACUCGACCGCCCCACCCCGUUCGGGAGGGCUGCGUCGGUGAAGACCAACCCGCGCCGCUCAGCAGCACCUCCCCGGCGACGCUCGACCGCCUAUCCACGCCGUUCGGGAGGGCCGCGCGGUGCGGCUCCAGCGACCGCCACCGCGUUGGAUGCAUAUGCGCCGCAUACUCGACCGCCCACCCACGCCGUUCGGAGGGCCGUCGGGAAGACAACCGCCGCCGCCAGCAGCACCCCCCGGCGACGCUCGCCGCCUUCCACGCCUUCGGGAGGCCGCGCCGGUGCGGCUCCAGCGACCGCCACUGCCGUUGGUAUGCAGGACGCACUGCUGAAUAUCGAAGCACCACCUGCGCCGUUUAGAGAGCCGGCCAUCAAGACGCGGCAGUUUUCAUAG